AAAUUAUUAAAAAAGUAAAUAAAUAUUUAAUACAGAAAAAGAGUUUUUAGUACGACUUAUGCUAAAAUAUAAUAUUUUUCCAACAAAAGAAAUCUAAUAAUAAAAAAGAUUUUACAUUAAAUGGCUUCACCCCUUCCAUUAUUGCGAUCCUAUUCAACGGAUAAUCAAAGUAAAGUACAAGAAUGGGGUAAACGGUUCUCGUUACGCAGGAAGGCAACAGAAGGAAAGGACUCAACAUGCUCAAAUUUACGUAACAACAAUAGUACCCGGCGAUGCUCGUCGUUAAAGCAACCUCCACCUCCCAAUGGCAGCAGUGACUUCAAAUCGCCAACAUCAGCGUCCAUCGAUGAGAAUGCCCCGACAACAAAUUACAUGAAUAUCACGUCGCCGUCACCGAUGACGACUGCAACGACUGUGCCAAAGCGCCCAAAAUGGGAGGUUAUCGAACAUUUUAAGAGUCACGAUAAUGGCAUGGAUUCCGUGAGUAGCAGUCUAAUAGCGGCUGGCAUAACAACAUUUAAUUUGGACGAUAGUCAAUCGACAUAUUCAAAACAGCUACACCGAAGUGCGACUGCCUGCUCGCGCGGCUUUGGACCAUAUAACAUCGUGCAAAACGAUGAUUUUCCAGAGUCCCAAGGCAAGGAUGACGACACAAAGAGUGUUGGGAGAUGUAAUUGUAUGGGAAAGGUGCUGCGACGUAUUUUUUGUUCACACAAAUUUAAGAAUGUGCAGACGUAA